CUUUGCGCGGUAAAAUUACAAUAGUGCGCAGGCGCAAAUUAAAAUAAUAAAGUGAUUUUUAGGUAUAUGCAGUAAUGAACAAUAAACAUUGAAAGAUUAAAAGGACAACAAAUUUUUUUACAUAAUUGAUUUUAUUAAUGAAGAAAGACAAAAAUAAUGACUGAUCGUAUUUGUAAGCAGGUUUUCGAACAGUAUCAAAAAGCAAGACUGCAAUUCAUUCAGAAUGUCGGCGAUUUAGCAACAAAAUCAUAUAAUGUUGAAUGUUUGGUAAAAAUUGGAGUUUUAGAAAUUGUAUGUCCUUUAAUUAAUGAUAUUGUACCGUCAAUUAGUUAUAAUGCAGUUAUGACUUUGGGACGUUUAGCUGGUCACGAUGAACAUGUUGCACAAUUAAUUUUAAAAAAAGACGUUUUACCAUGGUUAAUGAGAAAUUUUAGAAAACAAAAUAAAUUUUACAAAAAGGCUGCCCUCUUUCUUCUGCGUUCGAUAGCGAAACAUUCACCUGAAUUAUCAGCAAUUGUCAUUAGUGAAGAUGGAUUAAAUCCAAUAAUGUGUGGAUUGGAGGAUUUUGAUACGGGCGUUAAAGAAGCGGCUGCUUGGGCUGUUGGCUAUUUAGCAAGACACAAUAAAACAUUAGCUCACACUGUUGUCGACGCUGGUGCAGUUCCACUAUUGGUUCUUUGUUUACAAGAUCCAGAUGUAUGUCUUAAACAAAUAAGUGCAUCUGCCCUGUCGGACAUUGGUAAACACACAAUGGAAUUGGCUCAAUCAAUUAUUGAUUCGGAUACAAUUACCAUACUGGUCAAAGCCUUCACAAUACCUGAUGCAAAAUUAAAGCGUCAAAUUCUCACUGUACUGGGAAAUAUUGCCAAACACAGUGUUGAAUAUUCCGAACUUGUCGUAGAGGCGGAAGUGUUUCCAAGUUGUUUAAUUCACAUGACACAUCCGGACGAGAAUGUCGCAAAAGCGGCUGCAACACUAACAAGAGAAGUUUGCAAGCAUACCUUUGAGUUAUCAAAAAUGAUUGUAAAUUCUGGUGGAAUUGCGGCUUUAAUAGAAUUAAUUGGCAGAACUAAAUCGGCAAGAGUGCCGGGAAUAAUGGCACUUGGUUACAUUGCUGGUCACUCAGAUCAAUUAGCAUUGGCCAUUAUUGAUUCACAAGGAAUUAUACAAUUGGCAAGUGUCUUGAGAGAAAAUGCUGAUGAUCAAGUCACGGCUGUGACAAUUUGGACCAUUGGACAAAUCGGAAAGCACUCGUCUUAUCAUUCACAAGUAGUAGCCGAGGCUUUAAUUUUUCAAAAAUUACUCUCGAUUUACACAGAUUUAAAAUCGUCGGAAGACUUAAAAACAAAAUGUCAAAUGACAUUGAAGCAAGUUCUAAAAAAUUGCACGUACAUCGAGGCUUUAAAUUCUUUACUCAAAGACGCACCGCCGGAGAUUAUCAAAUACGUUCUUGAACAAUUUAGCAAGAUACUUCCAAAUGACACGAGCGCUCGUCGAUUAUUCGUGACAUCAGGGGGAUUGAAAAAAGUACAAGAAAUUCGAGCAGAGCCUAAUUCCACCCUUUCUGAGUGCAUCACAAUAAUUAACAGUUGCUAUCCAGAAGAACUUGUCAAGUAUUUUUCCUAGAAAGCAUUUAAA